UGCCCUCAGGGUCCAGACAAGUCUCGUACUCAGCUGCUAAUUUUGGACCGUAGCUUUGAUCCCGUGACGCCCAUCCUGCAUGAGCUCACCCUUCAGGCCAUGUCCUACGACCUGCUGGGCAUCGAGAACGACGUGUACAGUUUUGAGACCAGUGGGAUGGGAGAGACGAGGACAAAGGAGGUCUUGCUAGAUGAGGAUGAUGACCUGUGGCUGACUCUGAGACACAAACACAUUGCAGAAGUGUCAACGGCUGUGACUCGCUCUCUGAAAGAAUUCUCUGCCAGCAAGAAGAUGAAUACUGGAGAAAAGACCACCAUGAAGGAACUGGCUCAGAUGCUGAAGAAGAUGCCUCAGUAUCAGAAAGAGCUCAGCAAGUAUUCAACCCAUCUGCAUUUGGCUGAAGACUGUAUGAACCGCUACCAGGGCACUGUGGACAAACUCUGUCGUAUAGAGCAGGAUUUGGCAAUGGGCAUAGAUGCAGAGGGGGAGAAGAUCAAGGAUCCCAUGAGGCUCAUUGUACCCAUUCUACUGGAUGCCAACGUCACUGUGUCGGACAAAAUCCGCAUUAUCCUGCUCUACAUUUUCCUUAAGAAUGGUGUGACUGAGGAGAACCUGUGUAAACUCCUUCAGCAUGCUAACAUCCCACCAGAGGACAGUGACAUCAUUUCCAACAUGGCCCACAUGGGCAUUCCCAUUGUCUCUGAGGUGAUCGUGAAGAAAGCCAAGAAGCCGGAUCGUAAGGAGCGAGUCAGUGAGCAGACCUACCAGCUGUCCCGCUGGACGCCUCUAGUCAAGGACCUCAUUGAG